UCCAGGCCAGCGGGAGGCGGCGCAGGCGCCUUGGCGCGCAGGAGGCGGGCUGGGCAGCAUCCCCCCCCCUCCUCCUGCGGCUGCCCGCGGCGAUGACUCUGUGCACAGAAGCGGCCGAGGCGGCGGCGGCGCUGGAAGCGGGCUCUGCGGCGGCCGCGCCCGGGGGUGCCAGCAGCAGCAGCAUGAUGCCGUCGUCGUCGUCGGAUCCCCAGGCGCGGGUCCUCACGCUGCCCCGGCAGCACUCCUUCUACCCGCCCUCGGUGCUGAACCCCUUCGUGCAGGAGAGGCUGCUGGACGCCAAGGAGAGAUCCCGGGCUGUCCUAUUUGGGCUUGUUCUGGUCCCACUCCGUGCUAUAUGCCUCCUGUUAAUUCUGCUAAUUGCCUGGCCAUUUGCCGUUCUAGCAACUUCCUGCCACUCCGGGAAGGGGACUGUGCCACUUCUAGGAUGGAAAAGGGCGGUCACCUACAGAGCCCUCACCUUCCUGGGCCGUGCCUUAUUCUUCGCCAUGGGCUUCCAAGUCAAAGUGAAGGGUCAAUUAGCCAGCCCUCAAGAGGCACCCAUCUUGACGGUAGCACCACACUCUAGCUUCUUUGAUGGAAUUGUCUGUGUCCUUGCGGGGUUGCCCUCAACGGUGUCUAGACUGGAAAACCUCUCUGCCCCCAUUCUUGGCAGGAUCCUCAGUGCCCUUCAGCCUGUAGUAGUCUCCCGUGUCGACCCUGAUUCGCGAAAGAACACAAUUAAUGAAAUCACCAGACGGGCAACUUCGGGAGAAGGGUGGCCACAGGUAUUGAUUUUCCCGGAGGGUACCUGUACAAACCGGUCAUGCCUGAUCACUUUUAAACAAGGAGCCUUUAUUCCGGGAGUCCCCGUUCAGCCGGUGCUGCUACGAUACCCAAACAAGCGGGAUACUGUGACCUGGACAUGGCAAGGCUACAAUUUCAAAGAGGCAUUAGUCUUGACUUUGUGCCAGUUCAUCACAAAAGUUGAAGUGGAGUUUUUGCCUGUCUAUGUUCCAACUGAGGAUGAGAAGAAAAACCCGAUUCUGUUUGCCAGCAGGGUCCGUAACAAGAUGGCAAGUGCCUUGGAUCUGCCUGUUACAGACCAUACCUAUGAAGACUGCCGCCUGAUGAUUUCAGCCGGACAGCUGACCUUGCCUAUGGAAGCCGGUUUGGUGGAGUUCACGAAAAUCAGCAAGAAGCUGAAUCUGAAGUGGAACAACAUCCGAGAACAGCUGGAUCAGUUUGCAGCAAUCGCUGGUGCCGCGAAAGGGGGCAGGAUUGGAAUCCAGGAGUUUGCAGACCAUCUGAAGCUGCCCAUCUCAGACGUCCUCCGAGAGCUGUUUGCGCUUUUUGACAGGAAUGGGGAUGGUACCGUUGACUUCAGAGAAUAUGUCAUUGGCCUCUCCAUCCUCUGUAACCCUGCCAACACAGAACAGACCAUUCAGAUGGCUUUUAAGCUCUUUGACAUUGACGAAGACGGCAUUAUAUCAGAAGACGAAUUUGCCUUAAUUGUGCGGUCAUCACUUGGCCUUCCCAACCUUGAUGUUUCAAAUCUAUUCAAGGAAAUCGAUGCAGACAACUCCAAUAAGCUCACCUAUGAAGAAUUCAAGGAUUUUGCCCUAAAACACCCUGAAUAUGCCAAGCUGUUCACAACUUACCUUGAGCUCCAACGAUGCCAGUUAGAGGAAGAGACGGAAGUCAGUUCCUCCCCGGUGGUAAAGACUCCACUCUCUGAAAAAUCCUCCAUGCCUAGGAAUAAAGUUUGUCCUCAAGCCAGUGAAGAUGACAAUUCGAAUGUCUCAGAUAAAAAGGAAGACUGAACCUUAAAAUGCCUAAAUGCACUUUUGCAUUCAACCUGCCCAAAGAUUUUUUUCUAAUUUAAUAACAUGUUUUUGAAUUUUGAUCACGGGAGGCGAAGAUAAAGAUUUUAGCAGCUUCUAUUUUUUCAUGUGUCAGACAGUUUUAAUUAAUAAAUUAUUUUGGUUUUGGCACUUGGGCUGCUUUAGUUGUGCUUCUGCUCACAGUGGGUUGUUGCAUCUGAGCAAAAUGGGACCCAGUAGCAGCCACUCCUGGAAGAGCAGAGUGUGUGUGUUUGCUUGUCUGGUGGCGGAAACUUGCAAACAGCUAACUAUUUCUGGACCAGUGAGUGGAUUUUUCUCAGCCCUGUGAGAACUUGGCCUUUUGAAAUGAGAGCUGGAGCUUCUUGGGAUCUAAAAAAAUAGGAUUCAACUUUGACUCUUGGGCGGUCUUCAUAGUAGGUCUAAAUAGGGGACAUCUUUUGUGCAACACCUUGUAUCCCCUUCCUUUUUGUCCUGCCCCCAUGUGCUGUUACUCCCUGUUCCUCUUUCUUGGUCUGGGCCAUGUUCUUGGUUCUGUGUCUGUUUGGUAGAGGAGGGAGGGAGGGAGGGAUGACCACCUUGGUUGUCCCCUUGAAUGAUUGUUAUGGCUUUGGGGGAAAAUGUGAAGGAAACAAUGCAGUUGUGUAGACCAAGCUGGGAAGCUGUGCUCUCCAGUUGUGUGCGGUUUAGAAACAAGUGGGAGAAGGUGUGCUUGCUAGGAAAUGGCCUUUCCCCCCCACCCCCAAACGAGCAGUGGAUCUACCAACAGGAAGACACAAAAUGGUACCCUCUAAAUGUGGUCCGUGCUGUCCAAUGAAUCGGCCUGGAAAUGAUGUGGUCCAUGCUAUCCAAUGAAUCAGUUAGCCUAAUUUCAUCCUUGCCCUCAUUUGGUUUGUGGAUCUUGGAAGAGUGCAAGACUCCAUAUAUCACCACCUUGAAAAGACAUGCUGUCGUGCAGGUUUGUAUGGCCGCAGCCCUCCAGCUGUUUCUGGACUAUAGUUCUCAUCAUCCCCAGCCUGAGUGGCCAAUAGUCAGGGAUGAUGGGAGUCGUAGUACCGCAUCUGCAGAAGCUAUACAGCCCUAGGGUAGUGCUGUAACUUUCUAAAUGGGGCAGUAAGCCUUGGGCCUAUUGAGAAGCCAGAUACAGAGAGAACUGGAAUGUUGUUUGGAAUGUCACUGUCCUGAGGGCAGCCUUCACAUGUACGAGUGUGAGUGUUUGUGUUUUUUGCAGGGCAAAAGCAGAAGGAGGGGAGGGUAUUUUAACCAAAAGAAAUGGCAUAGGAUAAUGGGUCAGUCCUAGAGCUGCAAAGGCUUGGAAAAAACGGGUGUGGGGAACAGGUUUCUUCCUUUUCUUUUUCUUGGGAGGAAAGGGGGGAAACCUGUUUCCCCUUUCCCCCCCAAGGCCUUCACAACUGUAGUCAACCCUAACCCCAGCACUUCACUCCCAAUAAGUAUAUCUUCCUCUGAGGCUGCAAUAAUAAUAAUAAUAAUAAUAAUAAUAAUUUUUAAAAACCUGAGACCCAAUGAUGGCUCUCCGACGAUCUCAUCGGGAUUUAAUCUUUACUUCUUCAGUCAGGGUGACUUUGAAUGUCCGUUGGUGGCAUCAUGCCCCCUUUAAAACUCGCCAUGUUGGCUCUAAUGGUGGCACCUUGAGGACCUCCUUCUGACAUUACCUUGGCAGGGUGGAAUUUGUUUUGGGGUCUCUCAGCCAAGGUAAUUCAUUUCCCCCUUCAAAAAGAAAUUGUUGGUUCCACACAAAGCUGUGCUGGGCAGUCAUUUCUCCACUGUGUAUGGAGGGUGUGAGAGAGAAAGAGCUCACUCAGGGAACAUUGGCUUUGUAACUAACUACACUGCCAAGCCAUAAUACAAUAUAUAUUUUUUGCACUCUUCUAGUGUUUAAUUAUGCCACCUAAUGGCACAGCAGGGAAGUAACUUGCCUAGGGAACAAGAGGUUGCUGGUUCGAAUGCUUGCUGGUAUGUUUCCUAGACUAUGGGAAACACCUAUAUCGGUCAGCAGUGAUAUAGGAAGAUGUUGAAAGGCGUCAUCUCAUACUGUGCAGGAGAUGGCAAUGGUAAACCACUCCUGUAUCCUACCAAAGAAAAACCACAGGGCUCUGUGGGCUCCAGGAGUUGACACCGACUCGACGGCACCCCUUUACUUUAGGGUUUGAUCACUGCAGUAAUGUCUGUCUAAUCCUCAUUUAACUUGAGGUUUGCACUGGAGACUUAAGACUAGUUCCGUGUUGGGAAUAGGGCUUGAUUUGCCCCCUCCUACUCUAUAGGGUGUAUACAUAACUGGUGUUAAGUUGUAACUUUGGAGCCAAAGAUUCAGCAUUGUCAUUGCUGCAGUUGCUCCAGGGGUUCCUGAGAGAUGCUACUCUGCAAGUGUGUGGAAUAGUGCAAUUUCAGGAGCAGAGUCAGAAAACAGAAAUCCCAUGUAUGCUGCUCUGUGGUGGGAAAGUGGGAUACAACCGUAUCCAAUGUGGAUAGUUUGUGACGUUUGGGAGGACUCUUUGGGCUUGUGGGUACAUAGGAAGCUGCCAUAUACCAAGUCAGACCCUUGGUCCAUCUCGCUCAGUAUUGUCUUCACAGACUGGCAGCGGCUUCUCCAAGGUUUCAGGCAGGAGUCUCUCUCAGCCCUAUCUUGGAGAUGCUGCCAGGGAGGGAACUUGGAACCUUCUGCAUGCAAGCAGACAGGUGCUCUUCCCAGAGCGGCCCCAUCCCCUAAGGGGAAUAUCUUACAGGGCUCACAUGUAGUCUCCCAUUCCAAUGCAAACCAGGAUGGACCCUGCUGAAUGAUACUUGCUACCACAAGAUCAACACUUCCCCCCACCAUUGUGUAGAGGGAGUGGGGUAGAAUGCUCUUCUUAACAAGCAGCAUUCACUGCAUUCCUUAGCUGCGAUCUAACACAGCAUUAAAUGCCCUUAAACUAGGGAUGGGGUGGUUGAUCUGUUCUCCAUUCAGUGCAAACUCGGCACAGUUUUCUUUGAUUCUUUUUUCCUCAUUCCACUUUCUUCUGCUAAAAAUCUCAGAAUAUGUUUUCUUUGACACUGACGAAAUCUGUAUUUGGUUUGCAUUUCCCCCCAGUUAUCUCCAAACCCUGGGCUGCUCAGCUUGUAGUAGCAAGCGCUCUGCAGGGACCACCCUGGUUUGCAUUUGAAUGGGAGACUACAUGUGUGAGCACUGUAAGAUAUCCCCCUUAGGGGAUGGGCCCAUCCUGCAUGUGGAAAGUUCCAUCCCUCCCUGGCAUCUCUCCCCCUGACAGGGCUGAGCGAGACUCCUGCAUCUUGCCUGCAACCAUGGAGAAGCCGCUGCCAGUCUGUGCAGACGAUUCUAGCUAGAUGGACCAAUGAUUGGACUCAGAAGAAGGCAGCAGCUUCCUCUGUUCCAGAUGCUGGACUACAAGUUCCAUCAUCCCUGACUACUGGCCACAUUGGCUGGGGAUUAUGGGAGUUGUAGACCAACAGCAGCUGGUGGGCCAAAGUUAUGCAGCUCUGUCCUAUCCAGCUGGUGCAAUAUUGCAUUAUACAAAAUGCACAGAAUCUGCAGAAAUCUCCAUGCACUGUGAAAUCUGAACCACUGGUGAACAGAAGGGAUCCAGAACUGUGCAUUUGGUCACAAAUUUCAGCAUAAUUUUCUAUCAUCCCUAGAUGUGAAUGCACAAAAUAUUGUUUGAACAGAAGAAUCGGGGUUUCCGAGUCUUGCAAUAUCAGGUGAAGAGGCCAGUUAUGAUGAUGAUUUUAAAAAAUAAAUAAUAUUUAUUGUUUUUAUUAUUAGCUGCUCCAUAAGAUAUUGUUUUCAAAACACUGCAUUAAAAAUACAUAUAAAACACAUGAAAUCAGCACACAUUCAAAAACAAAAAUACAGUACAAAACCAUUUUAAAACUUCUUAAAAGUCUGUUUUAAAUUAAAUGUAAAAAGCCUGAGUGAAUAGUUCUAGAUCCAAUCUAUGGCCCAUGUGUAGGAUUUUGCCUUCUUGAUUACCAAAUUAUUUUGCUGUUUUAUAUGUGAUACUGUGUUUUAUAUAACGUGACAUUCCCACCUCUGGACCUUUAAUCCUGUGGCUUGUGUGAUUUCUAUGCUUUAAAAUUAAAUAUUUUUUAAUUUAAAAUGAAAA